UUUAUAUUAUUGUAAAAACAGAUUAAUUGCGUGAUUUAUUGUAUAUGUUAUAAGUUACUGCUUUCGUCUAGACAUUCCUUAAACCUUUUAGAAGUAACGUAAAGACAAACUAAGUAAGAUGAUGCAAUUUAUGCUCUUAUUUAGUCGGCAAGGUAAGUUACGUCUACAGAAAUGGUACGUGGCCCACCCCGAUAAACUGAAGAAGAAAAUUACCCGUGAACUUAUCACCACAGUGCUGGCGCGAAAGCCGAAAAUGUGCUCCUUUCUCGAGUGGAAAGAUGUCAAAGUAGUAUAUAAGAGAUACGCAUCCCUGUACUUCUGCUGCGCCAUGGAGCAGGACGACAAUGAACUGCUGACCCUGGAGCUCAUCCACCGCUACGUCGAGCUUCUUGAUAAAUACUUUGGCAGUGUGUGCGAGCUGGACAUAAUCUUCAACUUCGAGAAAGCCUACUUCAUCCUUGAUGAGCUGGUGCUCGGCGGUGAGCUGCAGGAGACCAGCAAGAAGAACGUGCUGAAGGCCAUCGCUGCGCAGGACCUGCUGCAGGAGGACCUGAACGAUGGACUGUUGCACUGACCCGCUGGACGCAAACCCCUCAGUCUGUAUUCCGUAGACCCACCACGCUUGCAUCGCUUCAUUACGGUUAUUUCCAGUUUUCUGACAGUCGAGAUUGUUUGAUAUCAUGGGUGGUUUCCACUUGUGUUACUAAUUUUUUUUUUGAGUUUUUUACAUAGAGCUUCA